CUUAAUUCUAGCAAUUACCUGUUUGCAAUCCGUCAGUCUCUCUAAUCCUGCUGGGAGAUCAGACUGUAUUCAAGUUUUUAUUUUAAAUUAAACAGAGUGAAGAAAAAUGUCAGAAGCUGGAUCCGCAACCAAACGUCACAAUCCGGUGGACAGCAUCUGCCGUAAAAUCAAGACCAUUCAAAUGCGCGAUCAGGAUUCCAAUCCCAACCUGCAGAUUCCCAAAUUUCAGUCCAGGAACUUUGAUAGUCCACAGUCCAGUACGAAGAAGAACCUAGAGGAGGUUCUGAAAAACCGGACUGUAAAGAACACUGAUCGAGACCUGGUUCUCUUCUCUAGCCCCAAUUAUGGACUUUCUCCAGAUAUGAGGGUCGCCUCGCCUUGUGUCCGACCAAUCCCAGACAGCGAUUCUCCUCUGGGCAAUGCCACAUAUUCUAUCAAUAUGGCAUCUAAGGAAAAAUUUACUAGGGUCUGGCCAUCGGCCCGGACACAAAGCUGCUCUACACCAAUGGUCUUCCCCAGGGAACUGUCCUUCAAGUAUCCCCAGUCUGUUCUUCCUGUUUCUGAGUGUAGGAAUCUCCUAAUGGAUGACCGGAUAAUUCCUUCCACACACAGUUUUUAUUUAGCUGAUCGGAAAUCUGAAACUGUCCCUCUCCAGUCUCCCGUGGUGAAGAGACUAUCCAUGAGUGAAGCAGGCCUGAGGCGCGUGGCAGAAAACAAAAUGGAGGCGACGUCUGAAGUGAGCUUAAUCUGCGAGGAGGAUCUACUAAACAGCAUAUUCUACGCGUGUGACACGGAUCACCGAGGUAAGGUGGCUGUAUCGAAGAUCGUGGACUACCUGCGUCACACCACGAGUCGUGGCUCUGAGGACAGUGGUCUGGACGAGCUGUGCAACAUGCUGGAUCCUGAAUGUCAGGACAUUUCCAUGGACCUGGACACGUAUCACGCCAUCAUGAAGGAAUGGAUUGAUGAUUGCAGGAAUAACUGCGCUGAUAAAACGAAAGAUUCCAUCCCAGGAUUGGAAGACUCCGUGUUGAAACUGCGUGAAGGUUUAAUGGCAGUGCGACGGAUCUCUGGAACCCUGAAUGUUACUUCGGGAAGCUUGGAGGCGUUCGGAGGAGACGUAUCCAGAGGCGAUCUGGAGACCUCGGACCUCAUAACAUGUGUUGCAGAUCUGCAAUACAACAAUCAGAAACUACAGGAGCAGCACCAUAAGAUGAAGACCACAAUUGAAGCCUUGGAAGAGACCAAUCACAGACUGGUGGAGGAGAAUGAAGAAUUGCGCAGUCAAUGGAAGAGCGCCCAGCAGUCGAUUACCCGGGUAAGAUCCUUGAAAGAUGAGUUGGAGGAAAUGAAAAUCAGUAUGAGCACCUCGGAGGAGAAGAAGGCGCAGAUGGCGUUUCAGAACAAGCAGCUGGAGAAGGAUAAUCUCUCGCUCAUUCACAAAAUCAGCUCGCUGCAGGAAGAGAAUACAAGAAAUAUGUUGGAGGCAGAGGAAAUGAGAAAGGCCAUAUCUGAGUUUUCUGAUAAAAUUGCAGAUCUCCAGUUACAGCUAAGCGAUUCUGAGACCACUUUCCAGAAGAAAGACGCCAGUCUUCACAUGAAGGAUCUGUACAUAGAAGAGCUGAGGUCCACACUCAUGGAAUACAACUCAGUUAUUGAGAAUCUGAGAAUUGAAAAAACUAAACUGGAAAAUAGUCUCCAGCACAUGGAACAAGAGCUGCUUUCUAAUGGGAUCGCCUCACCUGUCACCUUUAAGCUGAACCGCCUCAUAGCGGGCAGUCUGAAUUCACUACAUUCAGAGUUGGAGCUCGCUCAGCAGCUGCCAGAGGUGUCGGGCGAUCUGAUGUAUCAUUCCGGGGAACCCGGCUCAUCCCUUGAUAUCACGUUAGAUCGAGAGGUUCUCCUGUUACUCCAGGGCCCAGGGCACGAGCAACUGGCAGCUGAAUUUAAAGCAAUUGUUCAAAAUCUGCUGGAAGAUACAUGUACGAUGUCCGAUGUCGUACCGCUCAGUCUGCAACGUCUGAUGGAUUCCCAUGUAAAUGGUGCAGCGUUACCGGGCAGGAUGCUCGAGGUCAUAAAGUCCGACCUGAAAGAAAAACGCAACAUCUGGACUGAAAAACUGAAACAAUUAGAAAAACACAAGGAGUCUAUGGAUAAAGAGUUUGUGAAGAUGGCCGGUAAUCUGCGUCGGAUAAAGACUGAGCAACUUCAUAUGAGAAAGGAGCUAUCGUCCAGAUUGCACGAGCUGGGGACAGUGCGCCAACAACAAGAGGAAGCGGAGGGUAAAGCAGAAGGUCUUCUCACCCAACUUCAAGAAUCUAGCGCUCAGAACGACCGGUUCACCAAACAGAUCGAGGAGCUGCAGAGCUCUCUUAGUGCUGCGUGGAGCCAGGCUGAGUCUCUGAAACACAGGUUAGAGGACUCAGAGUGUGAACAGCGACAACUUCAGGCUACAAACCAGGACCUAACGAGCGACCAUCGCACAAUUCAGGAACAGGCGAAGGAACAACAGAAAACUAUUCGAUCACUGCAAGAAAAACUGUUUAAAGGACAGCUGUGCGGCCUGCUUUGCCAGACUUGCUCGGACUGGGACGAAGGCCUGUUUUCCACUCUGAAUGCUGCCCAGUCUCCAUCACGCAAGGAGAAGAAAAAUAGUUCUUCAAAGAGAUUUUGUAUCCAGGACACGAGCCGAUUGGGCCGAUCUCACAAGACAUCGCUGCGCACAGACCCUCGCUGUCUGUAUACACCUUUACUGGAUGCCCUCACGCUGGAAAUUCUGCAGCUGUACCCCCGACUCUGCUCGCGGAGUUACCCCAACGCACGAACAAGGAGUCCGAGAUUCGAAUCAUCUAAACACAAAGAUCAGACUAAGUCUGCAACGUCAAGGGGAGCUCUGCUGAUCCUAAACAAAUGUGAAUCGGUGUCUGUUGGCAUUCAGACAGAUGCGGGAGACUCUGUUAAUGGUCACAUGGAGGACGUUCCCUUCGAGGUGCUGGGAUCGGAGCAUCGAGUUGCGGAUAAUAUUUGCAGACUGGAUCUAACCUCGCAGACAGCUGCCGAUGGCCUUUCCUCAUCUCUGGAGAACACUCUCAUCUCAUCUGAACCAGACGCUGAACUGUGCGUGAUGGAGGCGAGCGAUGCGUCUGGGAAGGAGAGAGAGACGGCUGCGUCUGAGGGAAGUCUAGAUCCGGAUUUACAAGUAAAAUCCACUCCCGAUUCUUUAACCACGAGAACAGCCGUUACGGAAGAUACAGAAUUCAAAACUCAGCAGCACCAAUCAAUCCCCAACAAAGAAAUUCCUCCGGCUGAGUCUUUAACCGGUUCCCUAAACGCAAUAUUGGAUGAAAAUCACUGUUCAAACAGUGAGAAGGAGAUGGAGACUGAAUUCCUGCGUCUGUCGCUGGGGUUUAAAUGUGAUCUGUUCACACUGGAUAAACGGCUACGUCUGGAAGAAAGGUCUCGGGAUCUAGCGGAAGAGAAUCUGAAGAAGGAGAUUGCAAGCUGUGUAAAACUUCUGGAAGCAUUAACCCCAUUGUGUGAGGAAGAUAACCAGACAUAUGAAAUUGUGAAAAAGCUGGAGAAGAGCCUUCGGUUUCUGAGCCAGCACUCGGCCAGAGUGGCCAGCCGGGCCGAAAUGUUGGGGGCCAUUCAUCAGGAGAGCCGCGUCAGUAAAGCUGUUGACGUUAUGAUUCAACAUGUGGAGAAUCUGAAGCGCAUGUACACAAAAGAACACGCAGAACUGGAGGAACUGAAAGAACUUAUUCAACAAAAUGAGCUCCCUCGCCCGUCCACUGACAGAGAUGAAUUACACAAGCUGCCGACUUUAUUAAACACAAAGGCGCCGGCUCGGAGGGUUAGUAUGCCAGCCUAUCCUAGGGGAAUGAUCUCUGGUUCUCCUGCUGAUCUGUUUGGAACGGAGAAGCUGGACGGGAAAAUCCACAAGCGAUCCAAUAGCUGGAAGGUGGUCGGGACAAAGCAUGCGGAUAGCCGUCCAAUAUUGCAGCGAUUUGUUGCAAAUUAUACCCGGACAGAACCUGCGGAGGAGAAUUCCAUAAAAGAGGACGAGCAGUGUACGGAGAUCGCAGAUGACAUUAAAGAUGAGAAAAGACUCUCUGUUUCCACUGAGAGUAAUCUUCCUCCCACGGAGACGCAUUCUGUUUUCACCCAGGCGAAACUGUGGGUUUCAACUUUGAAAAACUCUGUCUCUAAUAUCAACAAACCGAUGGUGAUUUCACUUCUGGCUGCCCUCCUGCUUGCCGUGCUGGUAAGCUUUCUCACCGGGCUCUCCUUCCAGCAACCAGUUGAUGGGGCACCGGUUGGAACUGGAGAUUCAUGGACUUCAAUCCAGCAGCUUCUUUGGCCUUAUACUGGCCUUCGCCACAAUGGCCAGCCCCCGGUAUGACGGGAUGUGGGACAGGAUACAGCAACUCUUUUAACCCUUCGACGUGCCACCGAGGAUUUAACGCCAUUGCUUUGUAAUGAGAUUUGCACCCUCUGCAGGCAUUUAAAGUGUUACUAUAAAACAUGCUUGUAACUCAAAAUAUAUUUUAUUGGAAUGAUCACAAGUCAUAGGAAAGACAAACCAUUUUAAUGCUCCCUUUUCUGAGUGCCUAGUUUAUAAAAAGCCUGCUGUACCAGAGUGAAAUAUAACAACAUUUUGGCUCUGACUUGUUUACAGAAAUAGAAGAUUAGGGAAAAGACCUAAUUGUUUUUUUUUUUUUUUUUUUUUAAGCUCUUUGAUUUAAUAAUUUUUAAUCGCUGUCCCACGGAGGGUUAUGUGUCUGGGCCUUUAGUGCACUUAAUGGCUUUGUGAGUGAAUGUGAUUUGUGUGAAUAUUUAUUGUAUUUGAGUGUUUAAUAAUAAAGUUGUUAAAUGUGU